AUGACUUCACACAUUGGCCCCUGGAGGACUGAGGCUCAAGGCCAUCUCCAAACAGACGAAAAUGGAGACCCAAAGACCGACUACACCCGCUGGCGGCUGGUCAACGAAGAGGGUCGCCAGACCUGGCGCUACCUUGAAUCAGAUGAGGAGAAUGCUGCAUGGCUGCAGACUACUGCAGACAAGUAUCACAUGGGUCUUCCAACAGGUCUCCCAAUCUUGCCAGAGGCCAAAACACCUCUUCAAUCAGCAGAGAAUGGACUUUCUUUUUUCUCCCACUUGCAAUUGGAGCCUGGAAAUUGGGCUUGUGAAUACGGAGGUCCUAUGUUCCUUCUUCCGGGUAUCUUGAUCACCUACUAUGUAACAAACACCCCUAUCCCUCCAGAGUACGCGACAGAGAUCAAGCGUUAUUUGUUCGCUCGUCAAAACCCGGAAGAUGGUGGCUGGGGUCUUCACAUUGAAGCUCACAGCUCCUGUUUUGGAACUUCUAUGAAUUAUGUUGCUUUGCGUCUCGUCGGUGCUCACGAGGAUGAUCCUCGCAUGGUUAAAGCUCGUGGCCUUUUGCACAAGUUCGGCGGUGCCAUCUACGGGCCUCACUGGGCCAAAUUCUGGCUAAGUGUUUUGGGCGUGAUGGAAUGGGAAGGCGUCAAUCCUGUUCCUCCUGAGCUUUGGCUUGUUCCCGACUGGGUCCCCUUUGCCCCCUGGCGCUGGUGGAUUCAUAUGCGUCAGGUCUUUCUGCCCAUGUCUUAUAUCUGGUCCAAGAAAUGGUCUUUCCCGCUGAAUGACCUUACCAGACAACUUCGACAGGAGCUGUAUACUCAGCCAUAUGACACUAUCAACUUUGCUCAACACCGUAACUCUAUUCACGCCGCCGAUAACUACUACCCAAAGACAUGGCUUUUGAAUGGCAUCAACGAACUUUUGGUUCGUGUUUAUAACCCGUUCCUUCGCCUCAAAGGAAUCACUAAACGUGCUGAAGAAUGGACCUGGGAGUUGAUCCGCAUGGAAGAUGAGAACACCGACUAUGCAGGGCUGGGACCUGUCAACAACCCAAUGAACAUGGUUGCCUGCUACAUUCAUGAUGGCCCCGACAGCUACUCUGUGCGUCGACACCGAGAACGUCUCAAUGAUUACAUGUGGCUGAAGAACGAGGGAAUGUUGGCCAACGGCACUAAUGGCGUGCAAGUGUGGGACACAACCUUCAUCACCCAGGCUGUUGUAGUUGCUGGGCUUGCUGAUGAUCCCAAGUGGCGCCCUAUGCUUACAAAGGCUCUCGAGUUUAUUGAGGACCACCAGCUGCGAGAGAACGUACCAGAUCAGGAAAAAUGCUACCGCCAGCACCGGAAGGGCGCCUGGCCUUUCAGCACCAAGGUACAGGGAUACACUGUCAGUGACUGCACUGCCGAGGGACUUCGAUCCACCAUUCAACUGCAGGAGAUGCACAACUUCCCCAAGCUUAUCUCACUGGACCGUCUGAAGGACAGCGUGGAUUGUCUAUUGUUGAUGCAGAACCCGACUGGCGGUUUCACUGAAUAUGAGACUACUCGUGCAUCUGCCAAGGUCGAGUGGUUGAAUGCUGCUGAGGUCUUUGGUGGGAUCAUGAUUGGAUAUGAUUAUCCAGAAUGUACCACCGCCUCAGUGACAGCACUUUCGCUUUUCAGCAAGUAUUAUCCGGAUUACCGUGCCGAUGAGAUCAAGGCCACCAAGGAUAAGGCUGUUGCUUGGAUCAAGAGUGCCCAAAGAACCGAUGGAAGCUGGUACGGAUCUUGGGGUAUCUGCUUCACUUAUGCGGCAAUGUUCGCCCUUGAGAGUCUUGCAAGUAUUGGCGAGACCUAUGAAACAAGUGAGAACUCUCGCCGUGGUUGCGAGUUCUUGCUGUCUAAGCAGAAGGAAGAUGGUGGCUGGGGAGAAUCCUACCUCAGCAGCGAAAAGCAUGUGUAUGUGCAACAUGAGAAGUCACAAGUUUGCCAGACUGCAUGGUCAUGUCUUGCACUGAUGGAAGCUGGAUACCCCCACAAGGAGCCUCUUGAGAAGGCAAUGAAGCUCCUUAUUUCCCGGCAGCAGGCUAAUGGUGAAUGGUUGCAAGAGGCCAUUGAGGGAGUGUUCAAUCAAUCAUGCAUGAUCUCCUACCCCAACUACAAGUUCUACUGGCCAAUUCGGGCUCUUGGCUUGUAUGCUAAGAAAUUUGGCAACGAGCAGCUACUGUAA